GGAGCCGAGCAUCCCCAGGUCUGGAGCAUCCCUGGCCGCGCUCUGCGGUGUGAUGAGGGUCUGGAGCUCAGAGCAUGUGUUCGGCCACCCGUGGGACACGGUCAUCAAGGCGGCCAUGAGGAAGUACCCGAAUCCCAUGAACCCCUGUGUUGUGGGUGUUGACGUGCUGGAGCGCAGUGUGGAUGGCCGGGGCCGGCUUCACAGCCACCGCCUCCUUAGCACCGAGUGGGGGCUGCCCAGCCUCGUGAGAGCGAUUUUGGGGACCAGUAGGACUUUGACAUACAUCAGAGAACAUUCUAUCGUGGAUCCAGUGGAAAAGAAAAUGGAGCUCUGCUCCACCAAUAUCACACUCACAAACUUGGUGUCGGUGAGUGAGAGGCUGGUGUACACAUCCCACCCGGAGGACCCAGGAAAGACCGUGCUCACUCAGGAAGCUGUCAUCACCGUGAAGGGAGUCAGCCUGGGCAGCUAUCUGGAGAGUUUAAUGGCCAACACGAUAUCGUCCAACGCAAAGAAGGGCUGGGCUGCUAUUGAGUGGAUAAUUGAAAAUGCGGAACGUGCACUGAGCUAACGAGGCCUGCAGCGUCCCCUGUGCUUAGCGGCGGUAACUACAGGAUUCCUGAACCGGGAGGAUGUGGCGCCCACAGGGCUCCCAGCGGCGUGUGCGGCCUGCGUGCUGGGAGGGGUCUGCGGGAUGCACCUCUGUGCGGGGCCCCGCCCUGUAGAGAAAGACCGAACUGGUUUCAUCCUUGUCCUGAUGCACCAGCUUGUUUUGUGGCGAGAUUUGUGUUCAGGUUUGUCAUCUCGUCUCCAAGGGCAGUUCGGCUUUUCCUGCAAGCGGUUCUCAGCACGCAGUCAUGUGUUCUGGGACUGCUGUAUCCUUAGCAGGAGGGUCUCACCAGCAGGUCCAGUGUGGAGGGCUGAUCUGAAGGGGAUUUUAUUGAGAAUAAGACUGGAGUGCCUGCCCAUGAUCUUGUGCGGAUGCCCUGGGCCCAGGUGUCAGCACUGUGACCAGUAGGCCACCCUUCCUGUUGCUGCCAGCCGUGUGCCAUCACUGGUCCUUUGUUUUUAGUGCUUGAACUUUUAGUGCUCGAAGUCAUUUCCCAGCAUCUCUUUGAGCUUCUCAAAUACUCUGUUUUCUUCUCCUGAGCCUUUGGGGUGUCAGGGCAGAUUUGACGCUGGUGUGGUCAGCAGUCAUCUCUGCUUCAUAAGGUCAGGGUUCACUGCUCCCUCUGCUGAGAGGAUCCUUCCUCUCCUGCCCUGGAACUCCUCCUACUCUUGGCUUUUCAAGCUCUGGCCCCACUUCCCACCCUCAGUUGGUCUGUCUGCAGCACAUAUGCACACUUGAUUCUUCAGUCAGCAGGCAUGAGCCCUAUGGCUUGGGCUCCUUUAAAGAGCUUCCUGCUUUUUGCCUAAGGCACUGAUGCAUAGGUUUGCCAGAACCUUCACCUUGAACCCAAGGUCAUGGCCUUCUUCCUUGAAUGCACCACUAAGCUGAUCACAGGCAGAGAGCCUACCUGACUGCUGAGCAUCCUACUUGCAUGUGUGCAUGUGUGUUUGGUGUGUGUCUGAUGCUGCUGCUUUGUUGUGGACCCUAUCACAUUCUCUUGCCUCACAAACUAGAGCUCAGCUGCCUCAAUCUUUAAUCUGAUGCCUCACCAAAAUAAGAAAGAGAAGCGAAGGAAGAAGCGAGUCUGGAGCAUGGUCCUGGCUGGACUGGGAGAGGUGGGAGCUCCCGGGUCAUAGCCAUCGUCACCAGCCACCAUCAGGCUGGUCGGCCGUGACCUUACAGCACAGCAGGCCUGACCAGUGGCUCUGCCUGUGGGGCAGACCUGCUGGGAGCAGGGCAGGCUGCCAUGCUGCCCACUGCACGUCAAGCCUACACGCCUGCUCUGCUGAGCCUGAGCCUGGUUUGCUCAGACGGCUAUGGGGCCUCAUCUGUCCCCACCUCAGUCUCAGUUCUCCUGCCAACUCUUGGGGUCUUGCUAAAGAGCUUUCUCUUUGCAGAGGAUACCCUAUUCCCCUCCCUUGCCCUUGAUCCACAGGCUCACUGCCUGUCUCUUCACACAUCUGGCCAUCAGCUGUUACCUCAGACAUAGCUGACGUGUGUCCCUGUCUUACCCCUUCACGGAUAUGCACAUGCUAGAGUCGGGCUUCCACCCUGACGGGGACACAGGGACAGUUAGGAUUGGCCUGGAGAGCCAUUUGCUCUGUCCUCUGGCUGUGAUGAGACUAUGCACCGUCUGGGACCGCCACCUGGACUGCAGCCUGGGCUGGUGGUUCCAAGCUCUCAGCUGUUCUGCUGACAUCAAGGUACCUCCAACCAGGAUUUUAAUUUUCUCAAUUUUCAAAAAUAAAAUUUUUGUGUGUUUUAAAUGAUAAUUCUAGAGAAGCUCUCCUCCAUAAAGGAGGGGUGGAACUGUAUUCUACCACAUUUUUUUAGAUACUGCUUUUCUUUUGAUAUCAAUACUUCCAAUCCAAAAUUAAAAUUCAUUUUUGAGACUUUUAUGUACAUAGCUUUUAAAGGUAAAAGAUUUAUGACAAAAACAAUCCCUCUAACCCUUUUCACACAGCAUGCUUCUACCCUUCUGUAGACACUCUUGGCAGUUUUGGCAUUUACUGUUAGAUUCCUAAAAUAAAUGAGCAUACUCUGCUAUUUCUUGAUUCAA